AUGACCAACGACGAUGACCGAGCCGACAAAAGAUUCCGAGACGCAAUCCAGCUGGAAAGAGAUGGGAAAUAUACGGAAGCAUUCAGCGAGUAUGUAAACACAGCCCAGCUGUACCUUGAGCUACGUCGUCGUUGUCCUUCCCCAGCCAUUGUUUCCACCGAAUCCACCAAGCCGAUCGAUACCAUCACCACGAAAUACCGCCUUGUGCUUGAACGCGCGGAGCGUACGAAAGAAUUAUGCAAGAGCGCUAAUCCCGUCAACCAGCCCCACUCGGCCGUGAUCAACGGGCGUGUCUAUCCGCAGUGGCGGGGGAGUAACGGAGCUAAUCACAAUCCCGCUCCCCUCCCUCUACCCGCCCUCUCCACAGCCCAACUCCGACGUGGCGCGACAUACCAGCGAAUAGCACACACUGACGCGGCAAUCUACACAAUCUACACGCCAGACACACCCACACACACCACACACAUCACACAGCACGAUAUCAGCGACUGCUCCGUCGUCGCCUCCCUCUCUGCGUGCCACUCCCACAAUGGCCGCUUCGGCGGUUGUUUGGGUGUGAGUGCGCUGCACCCGCACAACGAGCACGGUCUGCCGCGCGUGAGCGACGAGGGAGUGUACGAGAUACGUUUCUAUCUCAAUGGCGCGUGGCGGUGUGUCGCCGUCGAUGACCGCCUCCCCCAAACCCCCCAAGGCGAUUUAGUUGCUGUGGAGGUGGUAGCAGACGCUGCAGCACAAGGUAUAGCACACCCAGUAGCAGCGGUUAGGACACAGAUAUGGCCGGCACUACUCGAAAAAGCCAUCAUGAGUCUGUGGGGAACGUAUGAAUUUAGCGGGAGUGAUUCAUCAACUGAUCUGCAGAUGAUUACGGGUUGGAUACCUGAGCAAAUCAAGUUUAAUAGUUCUCUGUUCAAGCAGGAGAAGACGUGGAGGCGCGUGCUCGAUGGCAGCAAUAGCGGUAUCUGUCUCUUAACUCUAGGCAGCAAGAGCAGGAGCGCUGAUAUGGCGCAGAGCCUCCUCGAUCAAGGUUUCGUAGAGAAUCACGCUUAUGCUGUUAGUAGAGUAGCAGAAGAGGGCGACAGGAGGGUGGUGAUUGUUGAUGGACAGUGGCAGACGCGGGAUCGCGAUUAUGAUUAUGCUCACACUCACAAUCACAUUCGGAAUCAAACUCAAUCGCUCUCCCUCGACUGGGAAUACCUCACCGAGCACUUCGACACCCUCUAUCUGUCAUGGGAUCCGGACAUCUUCGCCCACUCUGCCACAACGUCUUUCACUAUUGCAACUGAGACUGAGACUGAGACUGAGACUGAGGCAGGUAAGCGGAGCAACCCACUCGAAAAGUACCCUCGUUUCACUGUUCAGGGUGGAGUGGGGGAGGUGUGGGUGUUGUUGACGCGUCACAUUGGCAGGAGCGAAAGUAGCCAACUUGGCGACAACGGUGAUCGCAGCGACAAAACCGUCUACUCCGCCCUCCACACCUCGCGACACAGUACGAGUGCGCAGAAUAUGUACACCACCGACAGACCCAGCGACAUUGUCCAAGACGCCAGCCACACCAACAGCAUCAACACACUCUCGAAACAAAUCGUCAAGCGCGGUAUGGACAUUGGGGUGGUAGUGUCGCAGUUAGUGGAUGACGAUUGCAACUACAAAUACAACUACACACUCACAGCUUACGCUUCGUCUCCGCUACGUAUUGCGAAUGUGUCCGAUUUGCGCGCCUACGGCUAUUCGCGGAGGGUUUCUGGCGCUUGGACAGUCCGCACGGCCGGUGGGCACAGCUCGACGCUUUCUUUCGGCGUUAACCCGAUGUAUGUUAUGCGCAUUGGUAAGUGUGCUGGCGGUGAUGGAUGUACACUUCGCCUUGUCCUCGAAAGCGAUAGGGAUAUAGCGGUGAAUGUGAAGAUAGUGUGGGGGACAGAGCGGGUGUUUGAGUUGAGGGGGAUUCACAUAGCGGGGGAUUCCGGAGUUUAUACGCACAAAUUAGCAGUGAUGGAGAGAGAUCAAGUGGUGAGUGGGCGGGAGUACACGGUCGUUGUGUCGGCUUUCGAGGCUGGCCAACUCGCUUCGUUCACCCUCUUCGCUGACUGCUCAGCUCCCAUAUCACUUUCACCCCUCGCGCAGGAAGGUUCGGGAUUGUUUGCCGCACCGGAUACGUGUGGGGUGGUGGAUAGACCAUGUUCAGAUUAUAAACUGGAUUUACCCAGGAAGAGUCGCGUUAGAUUGCGCAUUGAAGCAAGUUCGCAGGUGGAGAUGGAAGUGGAGGGCGUUAGUCGGUGUGGGAGAAUCUUUGAUAGCCUCCUCGAUUCAGGCAUACACGUCGUCACUAUCACAGGCGUAGGAGGGAAGGAGCAACCAUAUAAAGUGAAAAUAGGCAUGGACAUCGCCCAUCCAAUCAGCUCAAAGCCCAAGAGCGUCUCCUUUGGGUUUUUAACGACGGACGAGAUAAAGAAGAUUUCCGUGAAGCAGAUUGUCAACCCGAAUCUGUUGGAUAACACGGGAAGACCGACAGCUGGGGGAUUGUACGAUCCAGCGCUGGGACCGUCAGAUAGAGGGGAUAUCUGCGCCACUUGCGGAUUAAGCUCAUUCAAUUGCCCAGGACACUUUGGACACAUAGAACUACCCACUGUCAACUACCACCCACUAUUCUUCAACCACUGCUUUAAUAUUCUCCGUGGCGUGUGUUUGUACUGCCACAAAUUCAAACUUGAUCCUGCGGUGGUCGCCAGAUACGUCGCUAAACUCGCUCUCCUCGACUAUGGCUUGCUCGAUGAGGCUGAGCAAGUCGACCUCAUUAAGCGUGGCGUUACUGACGCUGACGACGAAGAAUCUGCUACCAAGCUAUCCAAGAAAGCCCUCAAAGCCCUCGAAAAGGAUCGCGAGCUUGACGCGUACAAGGAUAGAGUCAAUAGCUGGGUUAGGUUCAACAUUCACAAGGCUCACCAAUCUGGUAAGACAAGGGAUGAAUACAAGUCUGGCUUGGUCUACCAGACUAGGAAGAGACUUUUCCACCAACUAUUCAAGCAGAUGUACAGAAAGAAGUGCGACAAUUGUUCCGCUUACGCUCACGCUUUUAGAAAGGAAGGCACCAUUAAAAUUAUUGAGUAUUCACUUACUCCGAAACAAGAAGCUCAUCACAGCGCUCUCAACUUAAGCAGACCUGAUGUUCUCAAAGAACAAGCUGCUGUUGAUAAGAACGCAAGAGAUGCUCUUAACGAACAAUCCACUGCACACACUCAAAACGCUAGUAGCAGCGAUGGCAGUGAUGACGACAGCAGUGAGAGUGAAGGUGAGGGUGACGACACUCACUCCAAUCCUCCACACUCUAAUCAAGACCAAAACAACAAUCUUGACGCUGACGCUGACGAGGAGGAUGAUAUAGCCGCUCUCAAAGCAAAUAACAAAGCAAACGCAGCUGCUCUUAAAAGAAGUGAAAGAGUCAUGCCAGCUUCAGAGGUUCAAAGUCAUUUGCACCGUCUCUUCCAGAACGAAAAACCUCUCGUUUCAAUCAUUUUCUCACGUCAUGGUCCUUUCCCUACUAGCGAAGCUAUGGCCGAUAUCUUUUUCAUGUCUGCCAUCCCUGUUCCACCAACUCGUUUCAGACCUGCUGCACGUAUGGGCGAUGCUCUGAUGGAACACCCUCAAAAUGAGCUUCUCGGUGCUGUCCUUCAAACUUCUUUGAGAAUUCGCGACUACAAUAAUGAAAUGUCGGCACUUAACGACAAAGAGUAUGCUCAGACUAUGGCCAACAACAGUAGCCUCGGUGCCGAUGGUGUUAAAAUUAUCAGAGAUAGAACCUACCAGAGACUCCUUGAAGAACUCAUCACCCUCCAACACGGCGUAAACUCAUUUAUAGACUCGUCAAAGAAUCCCGCACGUCUUCCGCAAGGUCGCGAACCAACACCUGGUGUCAAGCAAGUACUCGAGAAGAAAGAAGGUCUUUUCAGAAAGCACAUGAUGGGUAAACGUGUUAACCACGCCGCUAGAUCGGUCAUCUCUCCAGAUGUCAACAUUGAGACGAGUGAAAUCGGUGUUCCACCUGUAUUCGCAAAAACUCUCACCUACCCUGAGCCAGUAACCGCAUUUAAUGUGUCUUACCUUCGCAAACUCGUGAUUAAUGGUCCAAAGAACUAUCCAGGAGCCAGCAUGAUUCAGUACGAAGACGGCAGAAUGGAGAGUCUCGAGAAGAAGUCUCAAGAGCAGAGGACAGCAAUCGCAAACCAACUUCUCACCCCAUCCAACAGACCAGAUAAUCAAAAUAAGAUGACAACACGUACUACGUCUAUAAACAAGAAGGUCUUUAGGCACCUGAGAGAUGGUGACCUUUUACUGCUCAACCGUCAACCAACUCUCCACAAACCUUCUAUGAUGGCUCACAAAGCAAAAGUUUUGCACGGCGAGAGAACUAUUAGAAUGCACUACGCUAACUGCAAAUCCUACAAUGCUGACUUCGACGGUGACGAGAUGAAUAUGCACUUUGCUCAAUCAGCCAUAGCCAAAGCUGAAAUGAAGUUUAUUGCAAACAACGACAGUCAGUAUUUGGUACCUACUUCAGGUAAACCUUUGCGUGGUCUCAUUCAGGAUCACGUCGUUGCUGGUAGUUGGAUGACUAUGAAGUCGACCUUCUUUUCGAGAGAUGAAUACCAGCAACUACUCUAUGGUGCACUCAGACCAGAGAAUGACUAUACUGGCGGUGGUCGUGUUCAUCUCCUCCCACCGGCUAUUUGGAAACCUAAGCCAUUGUGGACUGGUAAACAAAUCAUCUCUACAAUUUUACAGAAUAUCACUCCAGCUAACGCUCGUGGUCUCAACCUUGAAUCUGAGUCGAAAGUUAAAGCUGAGUAUUUGCCAGCUUGGGGAUCGAAUGAGAACAAAGUUGUUAUUUUGGAUGGUGUAGUUUGCUCAGGUAUCAUUGAUAGCUCUCAAUUCGGUACAUCCUCAUAUGGUCUUGUUCACUCAGUUUUUGAGUUGUAUGGAUCAGAUAUCGCUGGUAAAUUACUCUCCAUCCUUUCAAGACUUUUCACUAAGUACCUCCAACAUCGUGGUUUCACUUGUAGAAUGGAUGAUUUGAUCUUGACGGACGAUGGUAACAAGGAUCGUGACAACAUACUUCAAAGUACCAAGGGAUAUGGAUUUGAAGCGGCCAUUGACUCUAUUGGAUUGACCAAAGAGCAAUCUGAAGGAUCUGAAGGUAAACGUAAUGUCCUGAUGCGUUUGGAGGAGGUUUUGCGUGAUGAUGAUAAAUUGGCCAUGAUGGACCAGGCAUCUACAUCCAAGAAUGAACAAAUCAAGUCACAGAUUCUUAAAAAGACGUUACCUAACGGACUUUGGAGACACUUCCCAUCUAACCACUUCCAAGCCAUGGUUCUUACAGGUUCCAAGGGAUCUGCGGUCAACGCUUCUCAAAUUUCUUGUCUGUUGGGUCAACAGUCACUUGAAGGUCGUCGUGUACCAGUCAUGGUAUCAGGAAAAACUCUUCCUUGUUUCAAGCCAUUCGAAACUGAUAUGAGAGCUGGUGGUUUCGUAGCUCAACGUUUCUUGACUGGUAUCAGACCACAAGAGUACUACUUCCACUGUAUGGCUGGUAGAGAAGGUCUGAUUGAUACCGCUGUCAAGACUGCAAGAUCUGGAUACUUGCAGAGAUGUUUGAUUAAGCAUUUGGAGGGUAUCAAGGUGCACUAUGAUCAUACUGUUAGAGAUUCCGAUAACAGUGUUAUUCAAUUCCAAUACGGUGAGGAUGCACUCGAUGUUACUAAGCAAGUUUACCUUAAUAAGUACAACUUUGCUGUGAAGAACUACGACAGUAUGAUGAGGAAGUACAAUCCAAAGGCACUGAUUGGCAAGGUUGAUGAGGAAACUGCUGACACACACAUGAAGAAGGCCCUCAAGAAGCCAUACAAAUAUGCGCCAGCAUUGUCAGAAUUUUCUCCUUCAGUUUAUCUCGGUUCUACCUCGGAGAAGUUCGCAAAAGCAUUGGAAGAGUACGCUGAGAACAAUCCAGAUGGUCUACUUGUUCCACAAUCAUCAAAGAAGAGCAAGGUAACCGAUGCUGAGAUUGAGAUUCUCACCAAGAAACUCAAGCAGCAGGGUGGUGCUAUUGCCAAACCUAAGCAAUUCAAGAAUCUCUUGAAGACUGUCUACGCUCGUAGUUUAGUAGAACCUGGUGAAGCCGUUGGUUUGUUGGCCUCUCAAGGUGUUGGUGAGCCUUCAACUCAAAUGACGUUGAACACAUUCCACUUUGCUGGUCACGGUGCCGCUAAUGUUACUCUUGGUAUUCCUCGUCUUCGUGAGAUUGUCAUGACGGCGUCAGCUCAAAUCAGGACCCCAGUGAUGAAGUUACCUGUUUACGAACACAUCACUGAAGAUGAGAUGAAGGUGUUUUGUAAGAACCUCAACAAGCUGACUCUUGCGGAGUGUGUAGAUGAUGUAAGGGUAAUUGAGUCGCUCUCUUCAAAGACGCCAGAGAAUGGCUUCUCUAGACGCAAGACAUAUAACGUCCACCUCAAGCUUUACGAUCCUGCUGAGUACAGUAAAGAGUAUAACGUAGAGCCAAUCGAUAUUAGCUACGCAAUCAGAAGAUUUUCGGCCAUUUUGGAUAAGGAGAUCACUAUCGAAUUGCGUAAGGUGACUAGAGAACAAACAGGCUCAGCUGCCAAUAUCGGCAGAGGACAGAAAUUGAGAGAAAAGCCGGGUGAGAAUGAAAACAACGAGGAUGAAGACGCACCUGUGAGAGAAACGCAGAAAGGAGAUGAUGAAGUUGAUGAAGGAGAUGCUGAGUCACGCAAGCGUUCUGAGAAGACUAAGGAGAUAACAUCAUACUCUGAUGAAGGCGAGUCAGAUGAAGAAGAGAACAAGAAGGAUAACGAAGAUCACGUGGGUGAUUCAGACAAUGAAUCUGAUAUACAAGAUGAUAGUGAGCGUCAACGCAAACACUCAAAACAGCUCGGUGAGAAGCUUUCACAACUUGAGGAUAAGAUUGUUCAAACUUCUCACUACAUGACUAAGCUAGAGUGUGACCGUGAGGGUGGAUAUGUCGACUUUGAGUUAGAGUUUAGCAGUAAGGCACUUAAGAUGUUGCUUGUCGGUAUUAUCGAGAAGGCUUGUCGUAAGACUGUUGUUCGUGAAGUCCGUGGUAUCUCUAGAGCGAUUCUCCUUGAUAAGGAGAAGAACAAGGAUGGUAGCACCAAGAAGCAAAGAUCGAUACAAACUGAAGGUGCAAACCUUAUGGGUAUCAGAGGAUUUGGACAAGACUUUAUCGAUCUCAAUCAGCUCUACUGCAACGACAUUGAUGCAAUUAGACGUACUUAUGGUGUGGAAGCUGCUCGUGCAUCUAUCAUUAAUGAAGUUGCUGGUAUUUUCCAAGUCUAUGGUAUCGGUGUUGACUUUAGACACUUGGCGCUGUUGGCUGAUUACAUGACAUAUGAUGGAGGAUACAAGCCAUUUAAUAGGACUGGAUUAUCUGGCUCACCAAGUCCACUGCUGCGUGCAUCUUUCGAGACGACAGCGUCUAUUAUCGCAGAAGCAGCGUUGUAUGGUGACUUUGACGAUAUGAAGUCACCAGCGUCAUCUAUAGUAAUGGGAUCGGUACCAGAAGUUGGAACUGGAUUAUUUAACGUUGGAAUUGCGAACAACUGA